GAACCUACCCGGACUCCUCGGUGGGGCUAAUGGCCGACUCUGGGAGGGCUCACGCCAAGGAGUACUUCCCAGAUCUUCUGCUGCCAGUGUUCUUGUCCUCACGUUGAGCCACAGCUACCCUCAGCCACUGCAGGAGACCCUCCAACACUAGCAGGGCCCACCGGAGAGAGCUGACACCCGGGUCCUAUAAUCCUUAUGGGGGACCAAACUUGUACCUCCGGGAGAUCCACGCUCCAGCCUGGAAACACGCGGGAAAUCAAGCCUCCAAAAAAGCGCUGCCUCCUAGCUCCACGUUGGGAUUAUCCAGAAGGAACCCCCAACGGAGGUAGUACCCCUCUCCCUUCCACACCUCCUCCAGCAUCACCGGGCCUGAAGUCGCACCCACCUUCUCCGGAGAAAUAGUACAAUAUACUUCUCUCACCCCAAACCAGUCUUUGAGGGAUUGCAGUAUGACUCCAUUUCCUUGGUGCAUCCAUAAAAUAGUUAUUCAGUGAAGACAAUGAAGAUUAUUGACAAUGCUACCCUGCUUUUCUGAUGUCCUGCUUCAGGAAGUUGUGAUUUUUAAGGUAAUCUCUUUACCAAAAACUUUUUAAGGAAGGAGCAGGAAUAAGAGUUGAUUAUGACACAUUAAAUAUAACUAGCCAGACAAAAAGCUAGCACCAAAUGAUAAAUUGAAACCAUUUUCUACAUUAUAUGAAAGCAUAUAUACCAUAUAAUAAUAAUGUUAUCUAUAAGCUGUUUUGCUAUAUUCAUUCCUAAUUACCUUAUAGUUCCUGCUCUUACUGUGAAAUGUAUAUUUUAAACCACAUUUUCAGAUUAUUGCCCGUAAAUGAGAACACGAUUGAUAUUUUUACAUACUGAUUUUAUACACUGUAACCUUUCUGAUUUAUAUCUGUUCUAAUAAUUUGUAGGUUCUCUGGAUUAUCUGUUAAUUUAUUAUAUUGUGAAUAAUGGCAGUUUGUUCCUUUCCAAUAUUUAUUUUUUAAUUUGUCUUACCGGGCUAGCUAGGAUCUUCGGUACAAUGAGAAAUAGUAGCAGUGACAGAGGAUUUCCUUGUCUUGCUCCUGAAUUUACAAGGAAACUAUACGUGUUUCACCAUUUUUAGUAGAUUUUCUUUUUCGGGUUAAAGAAAUUCCUUUGUAUUCUUAGUUUGCUGAGAGCUUUUAUUCUGAAUGAGUAUGGAGUUUUUUCUCCAAAUACUUUGUAUCUACUGCCAUGAUCAUAUGGGGUAUUUUCCUCCAUUAAUAUGACACUGUGACUGUGUGAUAAAUUAUAAUAUUCAGUUUUCUAAUGUAUUUCCUGCUUUUGGUUUCAUCAGGCCUCACCAUUGAAUAUUUUGUCCCCUAUUUUUAUAAUUUUUCCUUUUAUCUUUAUUUU